UUCAUUUCGUUCCCCCUCCUCUUCCAGCACCUCGGCAGGUUCAAACUCUUCUCCGUGAGGGUGGCGGCGAUUGAGAGGUCACGUGAUGAGCAUCCUGCUGCCCAACAUGGCGGAGUUCGACACCAUCUCGGAACUGGAGGAGGAGGAAGAAGAAGCGGCAACGUCGUCGUCGUCGCCGUCGUCGUCGUCGGUAUCGGGGCCCGACGACGACGAGGAAGAUGAGGAGGACGAGGAAGAAGAGGAGGAUGAGGAAGAAGAAGAAGAGGAGGAGGAAGAGACGCCACCCCCGCCUCGGGUAGUGAGUGAGGAGCAUCUGCGGAGAUAUGCCCCCGAUCCUGUAUUGGUGCGGGGCGCCGGCCACAUCACUGUGUUUGGCUUGAGCAACAAGUUUGAUACUGAAUUUCCCUCAGUUCUAACAGGGAAGGUGGCCCCAGAAGAAUUUAAGACCAGCAUUGGCCGUGUGAAUGCAUGUUUGAAAAAGGCUCUCCCAGUCAAUGUGAAAUGGCUGCUAUGUGGUUGUCUCUGCUGCUGUUGCACCCUGGGUUGCAGCCUGUGGCCUGUUAUUUGUCUCAACAAAAGAACCAGAAGAUCAAUUCAGAAGUUAUUAGAAUGGGAAAAUAACAGAUUAUAUCACAAGCUUGCUUUGCACUGGAAGUUGACUAAAAGGAAAUGCGAAACUAGCAAUAUGAUGGAGUAUGUAAUACUAAUAGAAUUCUUACCAAAAUAUCCCAUAUUCCGACCUGACUGAGGAAUUUUAUUCAGUCACUUCUGUGUUACUUGUCAUUUCCUACCCUUAGUGCCUUGUAGAUGAUUUUGGAAUGAAGAUGGUCUCCUUUGCUGUGUUCAACUUAUUCUUUAUUUCUUAUUAUUAUUCUUUAGAAUAUUCUCCUUACUCUUUUAUUUGUGUUGGUUUAAGAAGAAAAUUUGCACAUCUUUUUUUUGUUAAAUGAGGCUUGUGUUUUGCACUCUCAAUUUUUAAAUAAAUACACACACAGAGACGUAUAUGUAUAUAUAUAGUUGCCACUAAAGAUAAAACAUCAGUGCCGGUGUUUAAAAAACAAAAACGAAAAUUUGUUCUGAGCAUGCUGCCUUAUUAUUUUCAUACUCACUGUUUCUAAAUAUGCAUCAUUUUUCUAGGCUACUUAAUGCUCUGUAAUCCCUUACUGGAUAUAAGUAAAUAAGCUUUUGGUAGCUUUUAGAAAUGGUUUUACUCUUACUUGCUUUUAAAAGACAUGCAAUUAAUAGCACUGGUUUUGUCCUGCACUUUGCUAAAUUAUCACUUACGUUAGUGGAUAAAAUAUUUAAACUCUUAAAAGACUUGUAAAUAUUGUCUCUUUGCAUAACAUAAAAUGUGAUAUGCCAUGGUUUACAGAAUGUAAUAUUACUUACUGUAUUGCCAACAAAUCUGCAUAGAUUUUAAUAUGAAUGAAGUUUGCAAGCAUCCUUUUGAAUGUAUAGACUGUUAACAUGCUAUUUUAUGGCAGAGCCAUAAUGAGUUUGUUAAAAAUUUCAGGUGGAGGGCAGGAUUGCCCUUUGUAAUGAGUGGAUUAAAAUUGAAAUCAUUGUCUGAGAUAUUCUGCAUUGCACCUGAAACCAAGAACGUUAGUUUUUCCAUUUAAUUCCGUAAUUCCCAUGUUGUCCUCCACUCCCACCCUCCAAAAAAUUCAUUUGACAUCCGACACAUUUCACAGCUUCACUGUCCUUAUUUAUUUCCCUUAAUGUAUCCUUUCCCUCAUUUGAAAAUACACACAGUUAUGAUCUUUAAGGAGUGUUUGAAGAUUUCACAUGGCUUGGGAGGUGUCUAGAUCCUCAUGAAAGCCACUGCUAAUCCCUUUUUGGAAUUCUGAUAUUCUGCUCUGGGAAAGAGAGAGAGCUAAUUGAGAAAUUGUACCUAAAGAAUAUAUAGUGGCUAGUUCAUAAUUGAUAAAAAUAUUCUUUAUUUUUUGAGAAUCUUUUUUAAAUAUUUGGAUAUUAUUAAUGAAGAAAGACAAGUACUUAGACUAAAGUAUUUUAGUUUAUAAAUUCCCCACACAUGUAGCUUUUUCAUUUAUAUGUACCUAUUUUUUCUUUUUCUCUUCACAAGAUGAGUGAGAAUACCACACUUAGUUUGAAUUUUUAACAUAAUUAUAAAGCUUUAUGUUGUGUUAAUUCAACUGCAAAUGUAUGCCUGUAUAUAGGCAUUAUUUGUAAUUCCUAUUGCUAAAAAUAAAUUAAAAGAAUCUGAGACUCAAUAAUAUCCUAUUUGUCAUCUUACUCUUACUACUUUUAGUAAAAAUUUUUUAGAUAAACAUUUAUCCCAGUGAAGAGAAUAGUCAUUUCUUCAUACAAAGUCAAGUAUUUUAAAAGUCACUUUUAAAAUUUAUGCCAAAUUUGAAAUCCAUAGUCCUGGACAAGUAAAAGAAGAGGGGGAAAAGAGACACUAUGUGAUAUAUGACUAUAAUUGUUUGCACACUUUUCCACCUCCCUCUGUAGAGUCCCAUUACCCCCAUGCCACCAAGCUACCCAGAAUCUCUAACUUUUAAUAUGUGUGCCUGCAAAUACCAUUUGUCUGUCUGCUGCAAAAUUAAAUAUGUAUUUUUAUAGACAAGGUGGAAACCUCUGAAAAUGCAUACCAAAUGUCUUGUUUUAUAGCUAAGGUCAGGGAAAAAUUGUAUCUGUGGUUUAUGCUCCAGCUAAUAUCAUCAGGUUUAUGCUUCAAACUGUGACUGUUUAAUACCAAAAUUGAUUUCCGGAAUAAUACAAAAUUUCUAAUUAGCAGUGAUAGAAUAAUUUUAAGUGUCAAUCCUUAAAAUCUCAUCUUUUUCUGUAUAUUUAGAAUUUGGCCAUGUGUAUUUAGAAUUUGGUCAUCGUAACUUUUUCUGCCAUGUAUAAAUCACACUUGGUUUUGCUCAAAGAACAGCAAGAAGUGGUGAAUUGUUUCCAUGAAACAAAUAUUGAGACAAAAAUAGUGUGUAUCUGAAGGUGACAGAAUAUAACUUAAGUUACAGUAGUAUUUGUCAUAAAAAUCAUUUGCCAGCAUUUAUAAACUUAAUUUA